GCGCCGAGCUCUGGUGACAUCACCCGCCUGCUGACCGCGGUACCCGCUAGAGGUGCAGGCUGACAGAAGCCCAGCCGCCCGCCCCGUCUAUGGUGAUGGAAUGAUGGGGUCUAACUGAUUCUCAGCUUCUUGGGCCCAGUGAAGACUGGCACUGAGGUUGCCAUCAUGUCCUAUACUUGUUACUGAGAAGACCAGUGAGAAGCCUGACCUAAGCAUCAUGAUCUCCAUGAUUACAGAACAAUUACAAAAACAAAGUCUGGAGGACCUGAAAUGCAAAUCUUUCAGUAUAAGUCUGCCACUGCCUGAUCAUCCAGACCCUGAGGGGUGCAGCAGUCCGUACCAUUUUGUGACAGAAGAACGCUCCUGGGGCAUUGUUAGUCAUUGUCCGCGGAUUGAACUUGAAGACGGAAUCCGACCCGGUUGCCAUCACCUCUCCAGCCUGAGUCUUCAUUUUCCUGUUUUAAGUAGAGAGAACUCGCCAAACAGCAGGGACCCUUCACAAGCACCUGAGGAAGGGAACUCUGCGGCACCUCCAGCCCCACCAACAAAAAGACACUGCCGCUCCUUAUCAGUGCCAGAGGACCUAUCACGCUGGAGGCCUAUUUGGAGGCCUAGUGGUUCUAAAGUUUGGACUCCUGUUAAGAGGAGAUGUAACAGUGGUGGGGUUGGAGCAGUACUGGGAGUGCAGACUCAAAGUCCAUCUCAAGGGGUCUCCAGUCUCAGGUUCCAAAAUGACCCCAGUGCCUCUUUUCGCUGCAUCCAAGCCAACAGCCCUCCCUUCUUUAGCCUGGCUUUGUGCCGGGAGUCACCAUGUCCCUACACCCUUUCCCCAACCACUAUAUUCUGGGAGAACACAGAAGGGCCAAGCUGCUUUCCUUUGCAGCGCCGGUUUUCCCUCUCUCCUGUACUCUUCAAGGAUGCAGGACGGUUCCUCCCUUCAGCCAGCAGCUCCCCACCUUCCACACCAGAGCUGGUCAGGCGACAGCAGUGUAUGCCCCGCAGCCAAUCACAGCCUUGUGACCUUGACACGAGGAAAUGUGGACUCAAGCGAAGGCACGAGGAAGAUACACGGUGGCAUCGUCCUUCUCUGGACUUCUACAAGAUGAACCAGAAUGCUGGUGCUAUGUGUUUUUUGGACAACUCUGACGAAGGCAGCUCUUCUCCUUUUAUGGCUUGUCAUCGGGAGUCUCCUUGCACUUCUGGAAGUCCUGUCACAACUUGCACAUUGGCACUUAGUGAAGAAGAUAUGGGUAGGAGGGAUCACUCGUCCUGCUCCCAGGCAAUGCUCUUCCAGCACGAUUUUGCGGACCUGGAUUUAAAUCUAAUUGAAGAAAAUUAACACUCUCAGGAAACAUCAUACUACAAACGGAGUUCUGUUCGUAAGGUGGAUGUAUGAAUGAGAGUGUCUGGGUGCCUGCUGCAGGCCACCACCAAGAGACUUGCACCAAGAGCAUUCAACAAACCUUCUAACCUUCAUGACAGAUAGGAAUUGUUUGGGGGAGUAGGGUAUAAGGGAGUCAGCCAAAAGUUCCAAUCUAUUGCUAAAGGAGUAGCCUGAGGCAGGAUCAUCUGUACUCCCAACCUCUGAUUUCCCAGUGAUUCUGCUGGCGUUGGGAUCUCUCAUUACCGUGUUACAAAACUUUACAUAAAGGGUGCUGUGGGAUUGCUUUAUUUUUAUAUUGAUGGCUUUUGGAAGGAUGUGUUCUGCACUGCCCCAAGGGGAUCACAUGCAAAUAGAGGCAUGUGAUUAAUUCUUGUCUAAGGUGACUGUUGGGGGGGGGGGGGGGUAUUUAAUUAAUUAAAACUAACAAGGUGGCAAAUCUGGUUGUGCACAAAGGCUGAUGCCUUGUUUUCAACAGAAUGCCCCAAGACAUGAGCCCAGAGCGUCACAGCAGGGGAACCCAAUCCUGUGUGUUAUAAUGAACACCUUUUUAGUUCUCCAGUGCAUCCCGAGGAAGGCAACAGAACAAAAAGUUGUUUCAAUUGUUGUAGGUGUGUUUGUAUAUUUUUAUUUUAUUUUUCCUUUCGUAUGAAUAUUUGCCUGUGGCAAAUACUCUAGAAGCGGUAUUGAAUUUGUUCUUUUCAAUUGCUGGCCAGUUAAAAGGGAGCUUCCAGGUCAUCCUGAACCUAUUUGUUGUCUGCACUGCCAUCCAAGUCUUGCAUAAUGUGACCACCCCGAUACCUCAGACAGGCGUUAAACCCUUUAUCCUGCACAUCCCAAAUCCUCCUGUAUCUCCCAUCUACAUGCGUUUCACUCUUCAGGAAUGUGUCUUUUUGGAGCGUGCAAUGAGAUGUGGGUGGUUGUAUCAUUCUCCAGUGCUGCUGCAGUCCCCAAGACGCUGCAGAUCCAUUCAGAGAGAGUAGUCUGGUUAUUCUAUAUUAUUUUGAAUGUUCUAUGGAAGUCAUGCAAGCAUUUGGUGUACAGCAUGCAUUGUUGUACCUUAUGGACUGAAAAUAGCCUAUCUGAGUCCAAAUCGAAAACCACUAUUUCUUGUAGGUUCAUGUACAGUUCUAAAAUGAGCUGUGGUCAAACUAUGUUGCAUCCAUAUAAAAACUAAGAACAUAAAGCUAAAGCUUUGUAGGGCAGUGCCACCCCCUUGAAGAUGUGACUUGUCCAUAUCGCCCACUCCUUCUUACAGGGAAAAUUACUGUAUACACUCCAUAACAG